AGGCAGCAUCCUGCUCUCCAUGAACCCGUACAGAAUGCUUAACAUGUAUGGUACUGACCACGUGCUACAGUAUGAAGGCAAAGCCCUGGGAGAAAAUCCUCCGCACCUUUUCGCCAUUGCAAAUGUAGCAUACACCAAACUGAUGGAUGCCAAACACAACCAGUGUAUUAUUAUUAGCGGUGAAAGUGGAUCAGGCAAAACAGAAGCCACAAAACUGGUCUUGAGAUACCUGGUAGCAAUAAAUCAAAGGCGAGGUGUGACAAAUCAGAUAAAAAUACUUGAAGCAACACCUCUGCUGGAAUCUUUCGGAAAUGCCAAAACCGUCCGGAAUGAUAACUCCAGCAGGUUUGGGAAAUUCGUGGAGAUUUACCUAGAGGAGGGUGUGAUUUGUGGUGCCAUAACCUCACAAUACCUGCUUGAAAAGUCCAGAAUCGUAUUUCAGGCCAAAAAUGAGAGGAAUUACCAUAUUUUUUAUGAGAUGCUGGCCGGUCUUCCCUCUCAGCAGAAGCAGAUGUUCUACUUGCAGGAGGCAGAAACAUAUUAUUACCUGAAUCAGGGAGGUAACUGUGAAAUUCCUGCAAAGAGUGACACAGAUGAUUUCCGUAGACUUCUUAAUGCCAUGGAGUCUCUCAGCUUCAAUGGAGAAGACCAAGAAAGCAUCUUCCGAAUCCUCUCUUCCAUCCUGCACCUGGGGAAUGUUUACUUCGAGAAAUACGAGACUGAGUCCCAAGAGGUGGCUUCUGUGGUGAGUGCAAGUGAAAUCCGUACAGUGUCUGAACUGCUGCAAAUCUCCCAUGAGGGACUUCAGAAAGCCAUUACCUUCAAAGUGACGGAAACCAUGAGAGAGAAAAUUUACACCCCACUAACAGUGGACAGCGCUGUUGAUGCCAGAGAUGCCAUUGCCAAGAUUUUAUAUUCACUGCUCUUCAACUGGCUCACUGAGCGAAUCAACAAGCUGGUGUUCCCCAGACAGGAUGCCCUCUCUAUUGCUAUUCUUGAUAUAUAUGGAUUUGAGGACCUCUGCUUUAACAGCUUUGAGCAACUGUGCAUCAAUUAUGCAAAUGAAUAUCUGCAAUUUUUCUUCAACAAAAUCAUAUUCAAAGAAGAACAGGAGGAGUAUAUUCGAGAGCAGAUUGACUGGAGAGAAAUUUCCUUUAAUGAUAACCAGACCUGUAUUGAUCUAAUUUCCCAGAAGCCUUAUGGAAUUCUAAGGAUACUUGAUGACCAAUGUGGCUUCCCCCAGGCUACGGACCACACUUUUCUGCAAAAAUGCCACUAUCAUCACGGAACCAGUGAGCUGUACUGUAAGCCAAAAAUGCCUCUCCCAGAAUUUGGGAUCAAGCACUUCGCUGGGAAAGUGACCUAUCAGGUCCACAAAUUUCUGGAUAAAAAUUAUGACCAGGUUCGACAGGAUGUUCUGGACCUUUUUGUCAACAGUAAAGUAAAGGUCGUAGCAAACUUGUUUUUUAGCUAUGCCCAAGUUCUGGCCCAGCAGAAGACCAUGAUGGGAAAAAGCAGUACAGUCACAAGGAAAUACAAGGCAUCCACUGUUGCGGCAAAAUUCCAGCAGUCCCUACUAGAACUGGUGGAGAAAAUGGAAAGGUGUAACCCUUUCUUUGUACGGUGUAUCAAACCCAACAGCAAGAAGGAGCCAUGUCUCUUUGAAGCAGACAUUGUUUCCUGUCAACUCAAGUAUUCUGGAAUUUUGGAAACCAUCCGAAUACGGAAGGAGGGGUACCCCGUAAGAAUUCCCUUCCAUUUCUUCCUCAGCAGGUAUCGAUGUGUCAUGGACCUUGGUCGUAAUAUUCGUGUAGAUGGGCAAAUUUGUGUCACAGUACUAAGAAAACUCUGUCCAUCUGUUAACCCUACAAUGUACUGUAUAGGAGUGAGCAAGCUUUUUAUGAAGGAAAAUCUCUACCAAAUGUUGGAGAGCAAGCGUGACCAACUGAUGAACAAAGCAGCUGUGACCUUGCAACGCUACACCCGUGGUUACCUGACACGAAAACGUUAUUACACAUUAAGGCACAGGAUCAUCCAACUGCAGGCACUUGCACGGGGCUAUAUGGCCAGGCAGAGGUUUCACAACUGGAGGAAGAGCAUGUUAAAGUUCCGGGCCCUGAUUCGUAUGUACAUCAAUAGAAAGCGAUACUUAAGGAUGAAAGCCGAGGCUCGCAGUAAAGCAGAGGAAGAGCGCCGAAAAGCAGCACAGGAGCUGACAAAGAGAGAGGUUGUCCCUGUUACUCAUCUGGAGAUCCCAGUAGAUCUGUCAGGACUCCUACGGAUACCAGGAAUUCAAAAGAGUCUCAUGAUGAAUGUUGUUCCAAUUCAUUCGCCCAAAUUCCAGACUGAAACCCAGUUAACUCUGCCACUGGAUAUCAACAACUACCCUAUGUUUAAAUAUGUGCGGGUUUACUUCAAGGAGCCUCUGUUUGGAAUGCUGACAGUACCGUUAGGAUCUUCCCUGCUCCCUGUGGAGGAUGAGAUAAAACAAGAAGCUAUAAUCACGUUUAAAUUGAUAUUGAGAUUCAUGGGCGACCCUUACCUUAAUGGGAUCCAGGAGACAAUAUUUGGGAAUUACAUCAUCCAGAAAGGGUUGUCCAAUAUGGGGCUGAGAGACGAGAUCUUGGUUCAGUUAUGCAAUCAGGUGUGGAGGAACACCAACCCCAACAAUGAAGAACGUGGCUGGUACCUCAUGGCUUCCUGUCUAAGCACCUUUGCCCCAUCCCCAAACCUGGACAAGUAUCUACUCAAGUAUGUGUCAGAUUAUGCCUACAAUGGUUACAAAUCAGUCUGCCAGCAUAAACUCAUUCAAGCAAUGCAGAAGUCACAGCAAGGGUCUGAAACAGCACGGACCUUUCCUCCUUGUCUACUGGAAUGGACGGCCAGCAGGGAGAGAGCUAAUAUUGCUCUGGAUAUCCACUGCUUUGAUGGAAUGAAGAUCUCCUGUCCACUGCACUCAUGGACUGAUGGGGAGGAGAUUGCCGGGGAUGUUAUAAGAUACAGGGGAGUAAGUGAGGCCUGGAGAGGCUGGUCUGUUUCUAUGAAGGAUGGGGGCCAUUGGGCAGAGCUGGCCGGUCAUGAUUAUGUGCUGGAUUUGAUCUCUGAUGUGGAGCUGCCAAGGAAUUUCCCCAAACAGAAGUCGUAUUUCAUCACUGCUUCAGAGGGAUCAUCUGGGAAACCCAUGAACUCUAGUGUAGUAUUUGGGAACGAAUCUGAUCUUGAUGAUGAAGUUCCACCACCACCCACUGUGAAGGCUCCAUCAUUGCCACAUCCAAAUAUGCCUGACUCUGAGGGCUACCACAGUCAUGAUUCAGACACAUACAGUGAGCUGCCGUCUCAAAAGGGAAUGGACCAUUAUCUGGACAGUUUGUUUGAUCCGGUUCUUUCUUAUGGGAAUGGGGAUCUAGAGAAGCUAACUGCCAUGAACCAAAAGAUGAAAGGAGGAGGGAGAAUCGGUGAACAAGAUGGAAACCAGCCAGCAACGAGCUCCAAUCUGCCAUCUGACAGGGAAAGCCACACAGGUAUGGAACAAGCCAUGUAUGCUCAUCAGCAGGCCUACAUCAAUCAGCAAGCCAUGUUACUAGCGCAGCAAAUGACUGUACAGGCCAUGGCAAUUCAGCAGCAAAUGGCCAUGAAUCCUUCUGCUGAAGCCCCAAAAAACAGCAAUGUAAAUACUGGUGUCCAGACCCCUCCUAGCCGCUCCAGCUCUCACCGAGUGACCCCUGGAGUAGCGCCAAUGCCAAGAACAGGACGGCCAUUCCAGAGGAACGCUAUGAAUGGACCACCCCACCAAGCGCAAGUAUCUCCUUCCAGAGAAAGCUCCCAUAAACAAAAACCUGGAACUUCUGCUCACCCCCGGCCUGAAGAUUUGGUCCAUCACACCAAGAUAAAUUCAGAGCACUUCACAUCCCCAUCUCAUAAUAUCAAGGACAUUAUUAAUCAGUACAAGCAGCCAUCUGCAUCUAGGACACCAGUGCCAGUACCUGUUGUAAGGAAAGAGCCUAUAAAGCUCUUCAAUAGGAAGAUAGAUCCUCAUGAAGAAGCCCUGAAGAUUCUAAGAGGUCAGAUGCCCAGUCGACCACUCACUGGACCAACGCAAGUGUCAAACAUGUCCUACGUACCAAAGGCUCCCAGAGACACUGUUGCUUUGGUAAAACCUGUUCCCAGCAUCAAGACAAGGAAACCUGCCUCCCCACCACCAGUCAGCUGUGUCAGACCAACCCCAACACCUAUAGUUACUGUAUCUCGGGAGUUGUCUGAGGAGCAGGAGAAUAUCCAGACGCAGCUGCACCGCCAAUACAGUGAGGAGUAUUACACCUACAGCGGUGUGCCCUGGAGGAUAUAUGUCCGAAAGGAGGUUUUUUAUCCCAGAGACAGCUUCAAUAACCCUUUAAUCCUUGAUCUCAUCUUUAAGCAAAUCAUCAGCGAUACCCUGUCUGAGAGCUGCAUCCGAAUAAACAAGGAAGAGAGAGAAAAGAUGAGGUCCCUGCUAGCUGAGUACAGGCUGGACACAGUUAAUGCCAUGGCAGAUGAAACGGUGAAAAAGAACGUUGUAACCAUGGCCCGGGAAGAAUUGGAGGUCUACUUUUCAAGGCUCUUUCCAGCUGCGGGCAGUGUCGGUACAGGUGUUCAAAUCCUUGCAGUAUCACACAAUGGGAUUAAACUUCUUAAAAUGCUGAAGAGUGAAAGUGCGACACCAGAACAACUACGAGUCCUAAGAAGUUACAGCUAUACAGAUAUCAUGUUUGUUACUGUCCUUUCUAAGAACAUGUUGGAGUUCAACCUGACUAAUGAGAAGCUUAUCCUAUUCUCUUCACGGUCAAGUCAAGUCAAGACCAUGAUAGACUUAUUCCUAAUGGAGCUCAAGAAGGAUUCAAACUAUGUUGUUGCUGUCAAAAAUUAUGUGACGGAUGAUAAGAGUUCUCUGAGUUUCCAUAAAGGCGACAUUAUUCGCUUGCAGCCAUUUGAGAAGUUAGAAAAAGGCCAAAAUUAUGGCUGUGUUGUCAGGAAGAAAGUGAUAUAUUUGGAGGAACUGAAACGUGGGACUCAGGAGUUCGGCUGGAAGUUUGGAGCCAUACAUGGUCGAUCCGGUCUCUUCCCAGCAGACUGUGUGCAGCCUGUGGCAGCUCCGGACUUUGUUAAUCUACCUGUUGACAGAAAGGAAGAGCCAAGAAACCGAAACAGUCGUGCCGCCGCAUCAGCAGCAAUAGCUGUGGCUGUAGCAUCCACGGCUGUGGCGCAUGAAUUCGACAAAAAAACAGACGGAUCUCCAACACCCAGUGAAUACGCAGAGAGUUUGGACGACUACACAGAUGUCUCUAUAUCUGAAGUGACGCUGCAGGGAAGUUCGUACACCAUGGUAGACUUUGCCAAUAAAUACUACAGAGAGGCUUUAAAGAAGACAGCUCAAGGGCAAGAUGAACAAUCAAAGAAGACUCCUGGAGAAUCCUUUAAACAAGGCUCAAAGAGAAGCCACGAGUCCAGGGACCCAUCUGAGAUACUGAAAUUUUCCAAGAAUCCCAUACAGGAGUCACUCAUUGAAUUCAGUGACAGCCACAUGAACAGAAUUGCAGCAGAGAUUUUCCUGGCUAUAAUGAAGUUCAUGGGAGAUUCUCCUCUAAAGGGUCAAUCAGAGCUGGACACUGUCUGUACAAUUCUAAAGCUGUGUGGAGAGCAUGAUGUCAUGAAGGACGAAGCAUACUGUCAGAUCAUCAAGCAGAUCACAGACAACAUUAGUACAAAGACGGACAGCUGCCAGCGAGGAUGGAGGCUGCUUUAUGUUCUCGCAGCUUAUUAUAAAUGCUCUGAAGUCUUAAAGCCAUACUUAUUUAAGUUUCUCCAGGAUACCUGCCGCAGCCCUGGCUUACACUUCCAAGGGAUUGCAAAGGCAUGUGAGCAGAAUCUACGUAAAACCCUGCAGUACGGAGGUCGCUCUGAGUAUCCUAGUGCAAUGGAGCUGAAAGCCUUGGUGGCUGGACGGAGCUCUAAGAGGCAACUGUUCCUCUUACCUGGUGGAAUUGAGAGACAUUUGAAGAUAAAGACUUGUUCGGUGGCCUUUGAUGUGAUUGAGGAGAUCUGCAUGGAAAUGGGAGUGCACAAGGAUGAAGCCUUUAAUGAAUACGCCAUCUUUGCUGUGACAAAUAGAGGUCAAAAUGUGAGACCCCUGAAUAGGCGAGAAUAUAUCUUGGAUGUGUCUGCGGAAAUGGAGCAAACUGACAGUAACUACAUGUUCUGGGUCCGGCGCAUCAUCUGGGCACAACUGCUAAAGUUUGAGAAUGAGUUGUAUGUGACAAUGCACUAUAACCAGGUGCUGCCGGAUUAUCUGAAGGGAUUAUUUAAUGUCCUGACUCACAUAAAACCCACUGAGCAACAGUUCCAACAAAUCUCUCGGCUGGCAGCUCUCCAGCAUCGCGCCAAAGACAGUGUUUACCUUCCCACCGCCCGUGAAGUCCAGGAUUAUGUCCCAAGCCAGUUUUACAAGGUAGUGAAACCUCAGUCUUGGUUGAACAUGGUCAUGCAGCACAUGCAGCAAAUCCAGCCCCUUAGUCCUCACCAGGCUCGUGCACAGUUCUUAGGUUUGGUGAGCGCUUUCCCCAUGUUUGGUUCCUCUUUCUUCUACAUACAAAGCAGCAGCAAUAAUAUGGUCGUCUCUCCUUGUAUCCUGGCUGUCAACCAGAAUGGUCUCAACUUUCUCAAUAAGGAAACCCAUGAGCUGACAGUGACGUUUCCUCUGAAGGACAUACAAAGCACUAGAACUCAGAGGCCAGCGUCAGGGUUCAGUUACCCUUAUGUCGAUGUUCUGCUUGGAGAUACAGUGUCACAGAAAAUCACUCAGCUGCAGCUGGAACAGGGUUUGGAGCUUUGCAGAGUGGUGGCUGUCCACAUGGAAAACCUUCUCCAGAGUCGAGAUAAACGACUGACUCUCCCACCCAGUGAAAUUACUACUCUGUUGUGACCAAUGGGAUUGUGCACUUUAUGAGCCUUUGACACAUGUCACCUCCCCUAAUUAUACAUUUGCUACCAGAUUUAAAUUUCUGAACAUGUCUUUAUAAUGAUUUCAAUUUGUCCUUUAUUGGAGAACUUACAUAUUAUAAAACAGUCUUACAGAAUAUGGGAAAGUUCCACUAAAUAUUUUGAAGCCUUUACUUGAUUCCUUAUAAUUAUUAUACAGAAUGUGUUUUACCCCAAAGUUAAUUGAUGGACUAGGUAAGGCUUUGUCAAUCUUUUUUUCUCUCUCUCUUAUAGGGUUACCAGUGGCCAGUAUUCAACCGGACAGUCCGGUAUUUUAGCAGGUUGUCCAGUAAAGUCUUCACAAAAAUACUGGUCGCUUUAAUACCCUAGAGUGUAAGCUAAAGACGUCAUAUGGCCUAACGCAUUACAAAUAUGGAACAGAAAUAAGUGAGGAGCAGUAAAGGAGGUUACAAUUACUGUUUAUAUGUGUUAAUGGCAGCCAAAGAAAUACAAUUGUUGGUCUGUAUGUUAUUGACAGCAAAGGGUAAAAUGACUGCUCAGUUGUGAAAAAUAUACUUUGUGAGAGUAGGAGCUAAGGAAUAGCUUUUGGGGGGAUACAUGUAACCCUCACCUACCUUCGUGUCCAGUCACUGACAGAUUGGCCAGUAUUUUUGUGAAGGACAGCUGGCAGUACUACUCUCUUACAUGGUCAUAGUCUUCCUCAGCUGCACCUACUGCACAAGGGUUGCUGACACUGGUUUUUUAUUGGGGUUCCAGAUACAACCCUUAUUGGCAUUUUUAAGAAAAUAAUCAUAUUUAAUAGUGAUUCUUGGCACACUGUCUUUUCUCUCUGGUACUCAAGACAGAUUGGGUUUCUGGAAAAAUGGCUCCUAAUAUCACUCUACCAUGUGGCAAAUUUUAAUCAUCAGCCUUUAGACUGAAGAUAGGCUGCACCUUCUCCCUGUUGGUUACAGACCUUCUGACCUUCCUUAUCGGGUUUCCACAUAUUUCUUCUAUUUCCUUUUAAAACAUACUUCCCUCCGUUACGUACUCCCUCCUCAGCUUGGUCUUAGACAUAGUACCACCACACAAUGGUUACAGACACGUUUUACCCUCCCUUUUCACUGAGGCUUCAGACAUGCAGGUAUUCUAGACGGGGAAAUCUAGUUAAACAUAUGAUAAUCAAAGGAAUCAGGACUAAUGCAGUAUUUUUAAUUAUUUAUUUCUAAAUAUGUUUACCUAUAAAACCUUCUUUAACCUUAUCUGAUCCAUGACUGUUUAAAGAGACAGAACACUUAUUUUCUUAGAGUACAUUUUUUUAAACAUUAUUGAUGUUUACCCUUUUUUGUGCUUCAGUCAGAGAGACUGGAGUGCCUCACUUAUACUUAAAGGAAUAUGAAACCCAAAAAUGUUCUUUUGGGAUUUAGACAGAACAGAAAAUUUGAAAAAAAGUGUCCAAUUACUUUUAUUAUCAAAUUAGCUUCGCUCAAUGACAUUCUGUGUUGAAGAGAUACCUAGGUAGGCAUCUGGACACUACAUGGCAGGAAAUAGUGCUGUCAUCUUGUGCUCUUGCAAAUGGGUAACAUUCUUGAAAACUGCUGCCAUAUAGUGCUCCAGACAUGGGCCAGCUCCUAAGCAUACAUCCCUGCUUUUUAUCAAAAGAUACCAAGAAUGAAUAAAAAAUUAAAGUUGUUUAAAAUCGCAUCCUCUAGCUGAAUCACGAAAGAAAGAAAUUGAGUUUCAUAUCCCUUUAAGUAUGGUUAAAUGUACGUAACCUGCACCAGUCAUUGGUUAGAUCAGGGCGCAAGCUGAUUUACAGUUUUCAUUCAUUGAUCACAGCAAAGGAGACCAGGAACAUCAAGUCCCCAAAACCCUGUAAAAUGUGAAGUCUUAAAUAUUUUUAAAUGUUUCUUUUUUGCAAUACAGUGCGGAUAUGUACUUUGGCCCCCAUCUACUAAGCAGCGAGCGGACAAGCUUCUCAACUCGAGAAGUUGGCUGCUCGCCUUUGAUACAUAUGGGCAGCGGACGAACAGGAUCAAGUCUGCGUGUAAAGCCCGCCCCUUCUCUGUGAUUUCCCCGCAGAGUGUAAGAAGCAGCAUUCUAAUAACCACUGCUUCUUACAUUGCGGGAAGCAGGCUCGCAAAUGCUUUCACUGCUUCGUACAUGGAGCCCUUUGAGUUCAUGUAUCCCUUUCAUUUUUGUACUGUAUUGUUAUUUACUAAUUCUGCUCGCAGGCUGUUGCACAACUCCACAAAUUAUUCUCUGGUCAGUAGAUAUUUUUUUCCUUUGGUGCCUGAAUCAUUGUAAUUCUUGGAAACAUCUGAAAUAUGCCAGUAAAAACUAAUGUCAAUGUUUCAAAGCUACAAGUGAAAAGUUCACGUCUAGCUACAAUACUUACCCUAAACGCGCUCUCAAGAGUGUGUUAACACUAUACUCCUCUUGCCAGAGCUCUGGCCACACUAACAGAAGUUCAGCACACUUGGCUAGUGCGGCCGGGUCUCUGGCAAGAAGAAGAUUAGGUCUAGCGCACUCUCCAGAGCGCAUCAGGGUAAUCAUUAUGCCCUUUAGAAGCAAUUUAAAGAAAACUAAUGAAUACUGACGAAUUGGUUAGUAUUUUUCGUUUUCUUUAAAUUUUGCUGGUGCAUUUAUUCAGAUAUUCAUUUUCAAAUGCACAUCCCUAAACACCAGCUUUGGCUUAAAAUGAAUUGUCUUGAUAUUUUUAUGAUGUUUUUUUUUAAAUUACAUUAAAAACUUUUUUAACUCCAGAGCGCGUUGGGAUAAGUGUUGUGCCGCUAAAAAGUAAUUUAAAAAAAACAAAUAA